AUGAGUAAAACUACCAAAGAUGAAUCUGCUACUGAUAAGCAAACGCUAAGUCAUACUGAACAACAUUAUUUCGAUUCAUAUGAUCAUUAUGGUAUCCACGAAGAAAUGUUACAAGAUUCAGUUCGUACUUUAUCCUAUAGAAACGCUAUCAUUCAAAACAAGGAUUUCUUUAAGGAUAAAAUUGUCUUAGAUGUCGGCUGUGGUACUGGUAUUCUUUCCAUGUUCGCUGCUAAACAUGGCGCUAAACAUGUCAUCGGUGUCGAUAUGUCUAGUAUCAUUGAAAUGGCUAGAGAAUUGGUCGAAUUGAAUGGAUUCUCAGAUAAGAUUACUUUAUUACGUGGUAAAUUGGAAGAUGUCGAAUUACCAUUUAAGAAAGUCGAUAUCAUUAUCUCGGAAUGGAUGGGUUAUUUUUUACUUUAUGAAUCUAUGUUAGACACUGUCUUAUAUGCUCGUGAUAAUUAUUUAGUUGAAGGUGGGUUAAUUUUCCCUGAUAAAUGUUCCAUCCAUGUUGUUGGAUUAGAGGAUUCUGAAUUCAAGCAAGAAAAGAUUAAUUACUGGCACGACGUUUAUGGAUUUGAUUAUUCCCCAUUCAUCCCAUUAAUUAUGAGGGAACCUAUCGUGGACACCGUGGAGAGUACUUUGGUUAAUACCACCAGAUGUAAAUUAAUUGAAUUCGAUUUAAAUACAGUCACAUUGGAAGAUCUUUCGUUCGAAGCUAACUUUCAAUUGGAAGCUAAAAGGAAAGAUUGGAUCAGCGGUCUCAUUUGCUGGUUCGAUACCGUUUUUCCAGCCCCAAAGGGUAAGAAACCAGUGGAGUUUUCUACUGGUCCACAUGCUCCAUAUACUCAUUGGAAACAAACCGUUUUUUAUCUAAGUGAUGAUUUGGAAUGUGAAGUCGGUGACGUAUUAAAGGGUAAGUUGAUCUGUUCCCCAAACGAUCGUAACAACAGAGAUUUGGAUGUUAAAAUUGAUUACGAAUUUGUCCCUAAGGGGUCCAAAGAAAGAGCAAAGAAGAAUGAAAACACCUAUUUGAUGCAUUGA